AUGUUUGAAGUCAUGGCGCCGCCCGGCGAUGAUUUCGACGCGUUCGUCGACGCGCCGACGCCCACGGGCGCGGUGAAGCGGCGCGCGGACGUCCACGCGGACGGUGAUUGGCACCGGAGCGCGCACGUGUGGCUCGUGGACGCGCGAACGCGAAGCGUGGUGGUGCAGAAGCGAAGCGCGAUGAAGGACACGUUUCCCGGCGCGUGGGACGUCGGCGCGGCGGGACACGUCGGCGCGGAGGACGGCGGAUCGUCGAGGCGAACGGCGCGACACGAGCUGGCGGAGGAGCUCGGGGUUGAGUUAGAGCGCGAAGACGCGCUGGUGUUUCAGUUCACGGUGCCGGCGGCGCAGGCGUCGUUCGGGGGGUGUAACUGUUUCGAGGACGUGUACUUCGCGCGAUGGACGCGACGGGACGAAGGCGAAGACGACGAGGAUGAAUUCGCGAUCGGUUUGGCCGAAGUCACGGCGACGAAAUGGAUUGAAUUCGAUGCGUUAGAGCGCGCGUUGGCGGACGCCGCCGCGCGCGUGGACGCGGUCGGGGCGAAGGGGCCGUACGAGUACGUGCCUCGCUCGCCGCUGUAUCGCGAGCUCUUCUUCGAGCGGCUUCGCGCGUUCGUCGCCGACGCCGACUGCGACGCCACCGCGGCGUAG